AUUCGAGUACACCACGCGAGGCAAAUAUGGAGGCCGUGAAGCAAGAGACCUGCAACAACUCUAUUACUUUAAAAGGCUCUGCACAACUUGUCUCAGAGUUUUUUUACUAUGGCAUCAACAGCAUCCUGUACCAGCGAGGAAUCUAUCCCCCUGAGUCAUUCACUCUCAAACAGCAGUAUGGACUGACACUCUACACUACCACAGACAAGGGGGUGAAAGACUAUCUCAAUAAUGUCUUGGCACAGAUUAAAGACUGGCUAGAGGCUGGGAACGUGCAGAGGCUGGUGCUGGUGGUGACAAACGUUGACACAAAGGAGGUCUUGGAGCGUUGGGACUUUGAUAUUCAACAUGAUCCAAGCUAUGGUCCACAGUCUAUCAAGGAGGGGAAGGUGACUGGCAAAGACCUGAAGGUAAUACAGAAAGAGAUGCGAGAUGUGAUUCGUCAGAUCACUGCUUGUGUCACCUUCUUGCCUCUACUUGACUGUGUCUGUGCAUUUGACUUAUUAGUGUACACACACAAGAACGCUGAGGUACCAGAAAAGUGGUCUGAGUCCGCUCCGUGCUUCAUCUCCAAUUCUCAAGAAGUUCGUCUUAAGUCUUUCUCCACAUCCAUACACAAGGUGGAAGCCUGUGUGAGUUACAAAAUUGAUCAAUGAGAAUUUGUGGUUUCCUGAGAAAUUAUUAAAGUGUUCAGUUGCCGGUUACUUUCCUCAACUUUACGUGAAAAGAAUUCUGAGGUGAAUGUAUCCUGUGGUAUUUUGUAUACAAAUAAUUCAGUGCCUUUUUGUUUGUUUGAGGACAGCAUUGUGUUUGGCCUGCUGAUCUACUUAAAGGACUAUAUUUGUGUAACAAUCCCCUACAGUCCCUGAUAAUUACCUGCUUAUGAACCAAGAUCCUAUAUUUUUCACAUUUCAUUCACUUAAAAGUCCAUAUUCAUGCUGGACCUAACAGUAGUACUUUUACUCACUGAUAGAGCUUUAAACAUGAGGUUUUCCUCGUCUUCCCUUCUUGUACAAGUUACUGUCUUUUAUGCAAAACCUAAGUUAGUAAAAAUAUUGAAAUUCUGAAAAGGUGUCUCGGGAGAAUUAACUCAUCAGUUCUUGCAGUUGAAUCGCAUUUGUGUGCUUGAAAAUACAAACUGGUGUUGGCCAGUUUAUUGUGUGGGUCGGCCUCAUCUAUGUGAUUGGUACAUUUUGGGGGAAGAAGAGAAACUUAUAAUUAUCUGUCUACAAUAUUCUAUCUUAACUAAGUGGGAGGUAACAGGUAUUAAUGCAUUUUAGGCUAAUAAGUAUGUAUUCAUGCCAGUAUGUUUUAUUUUUAUUUUAAGAAACCAAUUUAUCACAGAUUUACUUAUUUAUUUUUUGUUUUUAUGAAGCAUAGAUUCAUAGAUUAUUCACAUAUGAUGAGGUUGAUUGAAGCAGUGUGUGUGUCCCCAGAUAUCUCCUUGGGCAAGCAGGAAGUAAACCUGUGUGUGGUGCUGUGGUAAUUUUAAGUCAUAAUGUUUGAGGGAGGGUGUUAUUAAAUCCUUCAAUAUUUUUUAUUUAAUGAAAACAUAGACCAGCCAUUUCUACAGCUGCUCAAUUUGGGCCAGUACUUAUGAGAAACUGGACAUGCACUGGGCAGACUCAUAAGUAAUUUUAAUGAUAAAUCCAUGGGAAACAGUCAUUGGUUAUAGAUGAGAAUUUUAGGUGGUGGUAAUCACUAGUGGGUGGUCAUUAGGUAGCUGGUAGUCACUGGUUGUUUGAAUACAGUACUGUAGAUGGGAAUGUUUGGGUGAUGGUAACAUGUUGUGUCAAUGAUUUAAAUUUUACUGUGUAUUCCUUAUGAUUUAAUGAACUACAGUAUUCUUUAAAGUUCAUUCAACGAGAAAAAAGGACUGAUAAUUACCCAGUGCUUAGAUAUUUCCUGAAGUAAAACAGUAUUAUUUUAGCAAUAUUUUUAUUACUACUGUACUUAUUCUUCUAUGUUAACAAGGGUUUAAAAGUGUAUACUACCAUAAUUUGACAGCAUUUGUUGAUACCGUAAUUAUCAUGCUGUCACUGUAGACAUUCAUCUGUUUUGGUAAAAUGGUGCUGUACACUAUUUAAAGAUGAUUUGCUUGGUGAUAGAUACUGUACCAUAAUUAUUUAAGGCAGAACACUGGGGCACAUACUGAAACCUCAGAUUUUACUUUGUGGGUUAUGAAGCCCUGGAGAAAAGAAAGCUCUCUUAAAUUCUUUUAUGUAAAGUUAUCAUCAGCUUGUUACUUUUAUUUUUUUUAUUAUUAUUAGCCUAAUGUGCAGCUGUAUGAUUCAUGUCUGAGCAGAGGGAAACUUUCUGUCUUUGCUGGUGUUUGUGUGUACAGGUAUCCCUAUUUUACUCAAUGUAUGUAUGGAGGCAGUGGACUGUAACUGCUUUGCCAACCACACCCCUCCUCCCAAUGUGACAUCAUGGCAGCCACAUGUCUCUUGAGUCAGCUGGCUGGGUCACUGCCUGGCUGAGUUAUGUCACAGCACCCAGAGGAUGGUUUGAGUGUGGAAGGAGUUAUUGUAUGUACAUAAAAUAUGUGCUAUUGUAUUGUAUGAUAUGCUAAGCUUCAAUUUUAUUAUCAGAACAUUUUUAUUAAUUUGCUUAUUUAUUUAUUUUUCAUUUUUAACGUAUGCAAUUUGAAAUGUGUUCGAAUUGGGCUCAUCUUGCACUCACGAAAUCAUUAAAGUCUGAACCACAUUGUUUAUAUAGAAUUUUUGGUGUUAAUAAAUCACACAUUUAGCUUCAAACCGUUAUAACAGUCUCAUUAUUAUUAUUAUUAUUAGAGAGUACUGUAUUCAGUGUUUACUGCCCUGUUGUUUGACCUCUGUGCAUUGCUGUUAUUCCACCUCCAGUAAUAAUUUCGUUUAAUGUUAAAUUUUCAUGAACGCAACCCCAUCGUUAAAUGAGGGAUGCUGGUGUAAAAAAAAUCAUCUGUACAAUUCCAACACUACUGCUAAUCCACCCACUCAGGUUGGUAGAAGCAUACUGACCCCUGGUAUGAAAAUACAAUUUCUAGCUUUGUAUUUUUGCAUUUCAUUCAUCAUUUAAUAGCAAAUUUUGCCACUUAUUUUCAAUUUUUUUGUCCCAAACCUUUCACCAAUCCUACAUCUAGGUCCCCCUCCCUCCCCCCUUCAUCUACUGGCUCUUAACAAUACCGCCUCAUGACCCAUUCUCGGAUGUAUGGCCUGAAACAAAUAGGUUCAGGUCUUUACACGCACUGAUAAUAAGUGAUGACUUCUUGGAAUUUAGGUGUGGCAUUACCUGGCCUGUGACCUUAUUUCUCACAGUAGAUAAUGCUGUGCUCUUUUUCCUCUUCAUAUAAUACCAUGAGUAAUAACUUUCUUUACCUCUUGGUCUCAUAAGCUGUCUUCUUUGCAUGAAAGCGAGAGAGAAUCUUAGGACCUGAUGAUUUUUUCUUUCCACUCAUUCCUCCACCCUGACACCAAUCUUUCUUGUGGUGCUGCCCAUUUCUUAUGCUUUGUGGGUUAUUUUUUUGUCCACGGAGCAUUUCUAAAAUGCACAGUUUUUAAACUCCAUAAUUGUUUCAGUAAAUGUUGAAUCUUGACAGUAGAACCUGCAUUCAUUCAUUUUUGCAAUCUCUUUCCCAUUAUUGCACAUAGAUUAGAAUAAAAAACAGCAAAAUAUUGAUCAUCUCCUUAUUUUGUUCUUCGCUUGCAGUUUUGUCAGAUUUAUUGUGUUAUGGUAAUAUUUAAUUUCCCUAUAAAUUCUUAUUCUACUCAGGACACCUAUGCACCACCUUCGUACACAGACCUAACCUGUUUACACAUAAUGGGUAAUGAACAUAUUUAAGACAAAUGGUUUCACUCUUGUAAGUCAUUUUCCUGAGACAUAUGUGUUUCCCUUGCACACACAGGUAUUGGUUACAGUAUCUUUUCAUACCUGAUGUGGUUAUUUUAUCACUAUUAUUCUUCAGGCCCAUGAUUCUCAUAUCUGUACAUUGGUUGUCAUUGUAUUGCUUGUAUUUAAAUGCCCUUCAUCUUUACAGUACUUUCUUGUUUGCUUUAGCAAUAUGUGUACAUUUCAACACAUACCUUAGCAUCUGUUCUGUUAUCGAUAUUCAAUACUUUUCACGUACUCUGUUAUGCUCCUGUAGUUUACAUACAUUUCAACACUGAUAUUGUAAUACUCUUCAAAUUUCCUACUUGGUAGAGAGAUUCACUUUAAAGUUCUAUAAUAUUAAGGGACCAUGUGAACUGUGGUAAGCCUAGACCAAACGAAAAGUGGCAUUUUCCAGUAUGUCUAUGUUACUUUGCCUUUUCACAACUGAAAAUUUAUAUUAGUAUUUCCAGUAGUGUCUCAGUUCUAUGGAAUUUCCUCUGUUAUGUAUUUUUCAGUUUGUGUUCAUGUCAAAUAUUUUGACAUUUACUUCAAGUACUAUAUACGUAGUGUAUUUAUAUUUUAUACUUUUUAAAUACAAAAAAAUUUUGAGUGAAGUUUUUAUGUCCCAUUAAUAUAUAUAUAUAUAUUUUUUUUCUUGAAAUAAUUUUUGCCACUUACUAGCUGUUCUGCCUGUUGGUCUAUUCAGUGUUAGUACAGGACAAAACCGGAGACCAAGAAACCUGUGGUGUUUGGUCACACUGGAUAACACCCUUCUCACGUGUGUCCGGGCGAGGCUCAAACUCUUGACUUAUUGGUCCACAGGAACUUGUUCUCGGCCAAAACUGUAAAUUUAGGUUUACCUGAGAAAGAUGCCUCGAUACUACAUUUGUACUCAACAUGGUUCUGGUGCUGAAGUGUCACCCUCAAAUGGCAUCCUUGAGUUUGAUAUACAUUAAUAAAGAUGAAUC